AUGAAUGGCGACAUUUCGGUCGCUUUGAUUGGCCCGCUGGCAGCCCUAGAGGGACACCUAAAGCAGGCGAGGGAGUUGCUGAAGAAGUUUGACAGGAUGUCAGUCGCAUACCGCUUCUUAUUCCACAGGACCAUUGCCAGGGAUCUGAAGGCCAUCAACCGCGCAAUCAGCAGGAACAUGGAGGCGCACAGAUCUGCAGGUGAAAGUGUGGGGUGGCUGGUGCAAGAGGAGCGGGCGAAGGCAACGGCCCAGGGGUGGCAGGAGGUCAAGGAGAGGAUGAGGCGCCUACAGCUUGGCAGCGUGUCCAGCACGAGUACAUCCAGCUCCUCAUCUCUGCCCUGCUCCGAAUCGUCCACUCUGAACGACCUUGACGCUGAGGAGCUGGCGCAGCAGAGACAUGAGGUCAUCCCCGCUGAAAUAUCGGCCCUCAUGGAG